CAGUCCGAUUCCUCGUCGCAGUGCGAUACGGUCGAUAGGAGUAAAACGUGGUGUAACCGCGGGUAGUUGCAGCGUAUUGCAGCAACGCGACUGGCAGCGCGACGGCGACGGCGGCGGCGACGCGCCGGCACGCGAGAAUCACCCCCCGGCGCCACGAGAGAGCCACUUUACGCGCCUCACUCGGCCCGACCUCGGCACCGUCUCUCGUUCACCAUUCCGCUCGUGGAUGCCGGAGAGGUCGCGACCACCACGUGAACGAGAAGCCGUCGUGAACGUGAACGUCGGCAGUAUCGUCGGAGUGUUCGUCGGGGUUAAACCCGGCGUGAAACCCCGCCGAAGCGGUCGAAGCGUGUGUUGGUGCGCGGCGUCGUGUUCACACACACACACACACACACACACAUAUAGGUUACGUUCUCGCAUGUCGCGUAAACGCAUGCGAUGACAUUGAUCGUUCCACACACCCACACACACACACACACACACACACACACACACACGCGCGCGCAAAGACGUAACGUAAACAGCUGUUUGCGGGCAAGUUUGUUCCUGCAAUAAUUCAAUCGCUCGUCGCCAAGCGCUUCUUUUCUCAACGGAUCGUCGUUUUGCCGUCGACUUUGGGUGUACUGCGGUCUCGCGAGCGGUCUCUAAGAAUUGCUUAUCCGUGAAUCUCCGGAACAAAAGCUCUCGCAAAAGCGGUCCGCAAAGAAUCCUUAACGAAUCCGUGGAGAUCGUCGGAGAAAUCGGAAACGACUCGCGAUUCGCGACGGUCACGUGAAUUCUUUUUGCUACCGCGAGUCGACAGUCGCGAGAGAGGGUUCGCUGUGCGCAUCGAUCUCUUCGGGAUUCCCCGACGUGGAACCGCGCGAGGCGAGACGACGCCGCGACACGAUACGUCGCGUCGCGUCGCGACACGACCGAGUUCACCGAGCUCCUCCUCUACGGCAAGGAGAAGAAGGUGAAAGAGCCAUCGAAAAAGCACGAGGAAGAAGGGGGAAGUACACAAACAAGCACGCUUCGAUGAACCUCGCUCGACCAUAAAUGCCCGUGCAAACAGAAACGAUCACGUCACCAUCGCCGUGACAUUGGAUUCUGUCGUGCGAACUGUUCGCGUAUCAAGCCUACGUCGGGCCGAGAUAGCGAAUUUAGCGAAUUCGCGUCACGAGUUCCCGAAUCGUGACGCGAGGAACCGGCGGCCUUGAGGAGAGACACCUGCCCCUCCCUUUCACCCACCCUCGCUCUCAGUUCGCGAUCGUCGAACCUGCUCGUCGAGACGCACUCUUGUCAGUCGCGUUCACAUCCGUUCCGGGACAAUGUCGGCUACCCUGAGGCUCCCAAAUUCGAGUUUCGUCAGGUGUCGCUUGGACACCUUCGAGUCGGCGUGAGGGGACCACGAAGGCGCGACCGACGAGGAAGUGGCAGAGAACUAUCGAUCGACCUGUAUCUUGAAGAGGAUGCACUCUUCGGUCGAGUAAGAGCAAAGUUCACGUCCUGAUCACGUGCCACGAGGAGAACGCGUCGCGGACGGGCGCGGUGGAGCGAGGGACGAGGCGAGCAGGGGCAGCCGGACCAGGAGGAAGGGAGGAAGGAAGGCGACCUCCAGCGAACGACGUCGCACGUUGUCAUGGAAAAUCGAUUCGCCACCACCGACCAUCACCCCGCCGCAACGACCACCCGCCGCAGUGCAAUGACCUCCAAACCGGGAAGAUCCUGCAGCGUGAGGUCUCCGCGAGUCGGCGGUCCUCUCUCGCAGUCGUUAGCUAUGAUCCCGCCGACCAUGCACGGCCACGAGUUCAAUCAGCCGCUGUCGAGGGUGGUGAUGGUCCGUAAGACGGACCAGAGGACCUUCAGCAAAGGAAGGCGAGGCGGCGAGCCUCUUCUGGAGACUGUCACCAGGGAAACUGUCGAGCUGUUCAACGGCGGCCGAGCCGAGAGGAAGUACACCUCCGAGACGAGGGACAUCGUUACACCGAAAUCCAACAGUAUGCCGUCGCUCAACGUGCACGGAACGAAAAAGAAGGUGGUCGGUUUUGUCGAUCAGGUGUCGCCGGACAGGUCGAGGACAGAAUCGGUAAGAUCGAAGUCCCCGUUGACAGCGUCACCGGCCUCGCCAGGCCCGCUGUCGAAUUCUCUGCACGGCAGUUUUCACGGCAGCUUAGGCAGCGAUGGCAUGUCCUGCAGCAGCGCCAGGUCCUCUUCAGCGUCUCCCGACUCCGCGAGGUAUUCAUCGUCACAGACAACAAAGACUGACACGCGUAAACCGUCUGUGCGCAGAUUGGGGCCCCCGAAGGAAUUCAUCAACGUCUGCCUCGACACGCACAAUUUCUACCGAUCGCGACAUGGUGCACCGCCGUUGCGACUCAGCAAGCAGCUAUGCAAGACGAGUCAAGACUGGGCCAAUAUACUGGCGGCUAGAGGUAGACUAGAACACAGGGCGAACAUUGACUACGGAGAGAAUCUCUACUGUAUGUGGAGCUCCAAUCCGAAGACCGUCGUCGGUGGCGAAGAGCCAGUGAACGAAUGGUACGCCGAAGAGGCUCAGCAUCAGUACGGAAAGGAACCCACGACGCUGAAGACUGGUCACUUCACGCAGGUGAUCUGGAGGGACAGCACCGAAUUGGGGGUGGGAAUGGCCAGGAACCGGAACGGGGAGGUGUACGUCGUAUGCAAUUACAACCCCGCCGGGAAUUUCUUGGGCAGUUUCACGGAGAACGUUUUGCCGCCCGCGGAAGCUAGCCCUACAAAGCGAAUCAACUUCAGUGACAUGAAGCAGCAAGGCAUGAUAGACGAGCAGACCUGGCAGCAGGAGGCAUUGCUGGUUCACAACGAGUACCGCAGGAAGCAUCGCGUGCCAGACUUGAGGCUGAGUCCGGAAUUGACGGCCGCUGCGAAGGCCUGGGCGAACACCUUACUGAACACAAACAAACUGAUACCUCAGUCGUCGUCUCCGUACGGCGAAAAUAUCUAUUCGAUGCAGUGCUCCGAUCCCAAAUUGAUCGUCCCCGCGCGGGAGGUCGUCUCCAAAUGGUAUUCCGAGAAGAAGGAGCACAAGUACGGCGUCGAGCCGAAAGUUCUCAACACGUGUCACUUUACGCAGAUUGUCUGGAAGAAGACGACCGAAAUGGGAAUCGCGAUGGCCAAGCGGGACGGUACCUGCGUCAUAGUAGCCUGUUACCAUCCGAGGGGUAACAUAGUCGGACAGUUCACCGAGAACGUGCUGAAGCCCGUGAAGAGCGCUUGUUAGCUCACGUUCGUUCCUGUCGAUAAUGUAUCUAAACUCUGUAUUUAUAUGUCGGGCAGAUAUAGGCGAUGUCACACGCGUAAUAUAUGUACAUACGACACUUGUGCAUACACGUAGAAUAAACAUUCCACGUACACAUAUUUACGAA